ACAGGCUGCCUUUAAAAAGAAGACAACAUGGCAACUACAGAUCCUACUGACUUUUAUUAUAACUUCUCCAUCGAUCCCAAUGAAAAUGGUAGUGAGAAUUUUCACACAUUUACAAGAGCCUUCCUACCCUGUAUGUACUCUGUUGUCUUCAUCCUUGGGCUAGCAGGAAACGCGCUAGUCUUUGUCAUACUAGUUUUCUAUGAGAAACUGAAAAUGCUGACAGAUGUAUUUUUGCUGAACUUGGCUAUAGCUGACUGGAUCUUCCUUUGGACGCUGCCAUUCUGGGCAUAUUCUGCUGCUCAGGAGUGGACUUUUGGCGCUGUGGCAUGUCGUAUUAUACGGGGCUUGUAUACUCUGAACUUGUACACUUCAAUGUUAACUCUAACUUCUAUCACCUUUGACCGGCUUAUUGCUAUUACUUUUGCCACCAAAGCACAUAUGUGUCAAACCAAACGAAUGACAUGGGGCAAAUUAAUCUGUGUCUUGAUCUGGGUGAUCUCACUAGCAUUUGCUGCACCGCAGUUUAUUUUUAGUGAGGUAUUCAGUAUUGAUAAGGCAAUAUGUCAGGAAGAAUAUCCAAACCAUCACACAGAACUGGUUCUUGAAGUGAUCCAAGUGACCCUUGGCUAUUUUAUUCCCGUGCUAGCCAUGAUCAUCUGCUACUCACUAAUUAUUAGAACCUUACUGCACGCCAAGAGUUUUCAAAAGAACAAAUCUCUGAAAAAAAUAUUUUCUGUAGUUGUCAUAUUUAUUCUUACUCAGUCACCCUAUACUUUCUUGAAACUGAUAAAGAUCAUAGACUGGAGCUUUAACUUGAACAGCAGCUUUGAAUAUGCAAUCAUCAUAACAGAAGCUCUUGCUUAUUUCCACGGCUGUCUUAACCCUGUUCUGUAUUUCUUCAUGGGAGUGAAAUUCAGGAGGAACUUACAGAAAAUUAUUAAAAAAUCAAGAUGCUUCAAAGGGCAAGUUACAGCUAAACAGUGGCAAACCAAUGAAGAGGAAGGCUCUAAAACCUUUACUGCCUCAAAUAAUGCAGAUGCAACAAGCAUGUACCCUCUAUAAAA